UGGUGAUUGCUAUCUUCUGGUUGCUGUUUGGAAUUAAGUACGAUGAAAUACUUGUCAAUUUUGACCAUAGACUACUGUUCAGCUGUAAUAAAUAUGAUGCGUAAUGGGUAGAAUAUGGGAAUAAAAAACUAGAUUCGACUGUAGCAAAGGUGCCAAAAGAAGGCUGCCAACACAUAAUUUUACGAAGUCUUUGUAGCAUACGUAUCUUUGCCUAAAUGCAAGUGAGAUUUUGUCAUGUGUAUGGUGCUACUGGUGCGGUGGAAAACGUAUUAGGGGUUGUGGGUGGUUGGGUGUGUGAAAUGUGGAAAGUUCGAUGAAACAUGAGAGACAAAAACGCGUAGAACGGUGUCCGAUGAUCUAGGAAAGUGGUUUCAAAAUGGCCACAAACACAAAUGCAACAGCAGAACAAAGCGAAGUUACGAUGACAAAGUCGCCGCACAAUCGCCAAGAACAGACACCAAAUUUUGAGCCACUUGAUAAAUCAUCGAGUAACACUUUGAAGAGAAAUCCAAAGAUGGAACUCAGCAAGACUGAUCUUCUCAAACUUCUUAGUUAUUUAGAAGGCGAACUUCAAGCACGAGAUAUUGUCAUUGCUACCUUGAAGUCUGAGAAAUUGAAGCAGCUGUUAAAUCAGGGGCGAUACAGAGUGAUGCCUGCUAAUGAUCCAAUAGCAGCUCUACAGCGAGAUAGCUUUGCAGCAGCAGAACCUAGAGUUGAUGAGGCAGAAAUUCGGGCCAUUGCAAACCAGCAAAUGGCAACAUUGGACAACUUGAUUUUACAACAUCGUCGAGCUCAGAUAAAACUUGGUCGUAUUUUGAAAGAAGCAGAGGAGAGGCAUCGCAAGGUAGUUCAAGAACUAGAUGAAGAAAAGAGAAAACAUGAACAUGAUACAGCUCAGGGUGAUGAUAUUACAUAUGGGUUGGAAAAGGAACGUAUGAGACUGAAACAGGAAUUGGAGUUAGAAAAGCAAAUGAAAAAGAAACUCGAGAAAGACCUAAAGAAAUCAAAUGAUACAUUGGAAGAAGAAAGAUCUCGACAAAAACAAAUAGUACUUUUAUUGCUUGCAGAAAGAAAAAGAUUAAUCAUGAAGUACAUAGAAGAAAGAAAACGGUCGGAAGAUCUAGCUCAGAUCCUUGCUGAGGAGAAGGGACGCAUCGAUUCAAUGGCUGAAGGACUUGAGGAAGAAAGUAAGAAAUCAUUACAGAUGGAGGCAGAACUGGAGAAGCAGCUUGCGCAGUUUGAUACAGAGCGACAACAGUUGAAAGCUGCGGUAGCCAAAGAAGAGAAGAAGAGCAAAGAACUGCAAGCAGAACUGGAGAGAGCUCAAGGAGAACUAGACAGUCUGCGAAAGCAGCUAGCGGAAGCUCAUCAAGUUGCCAUGUUUCAAGCUGGUGCAAGCCCCCCACGAAUGGUUCUACCAGCUCGUCCUGUGCUGACUACAUCACCACCACAACCACCAGCAAAACCUGUGGUUAUACUACCACAGACUGCACCGAGACCUCAGCCUCCAUCUGUUGGGCCACUGACACCACCAAAAGUAGGCACGUGGACUGUAAGUGAUGGAAGUGUAUCACCACCACCACCUUCACAGUCUGCACAACCUCCUGCUGCAGGGACUCCGAUGAUGAGUAGUGUUGCCAAAGUUGUACAACCUACUGCCACUGUGUCCAGUGUACCUGUGUGUGGGCCAACAACAGGCAUUGCCCGCUCUGUUUCACCAGGACAAGGUUUAAGGACAGCCCCUUUUUCUGCAACUACAACAUCUGAUGCAAGAUCUGCACCACCAUCAGGAAACUGGAUGGCCACGACUGCUGAACAACUUGUGACACAGGAUAAACGUGCACAGGUAGUGCAAGUAACACCACGUGUCAGUCUGACGACAUCACCAAGCUCCAAGGUGUUUGCAUCUCAGGGUAACAAAGUAAUGUUUCAUGUGACAUCUAGUACUGCUGUUCAGCCGGAGACUCAAACUCCUCCCAAAAAAGUAGCUGCCCCCAGCAGGGGUGUUCCCCCUCCUGUACCUCCUAAUAAACCUAUAGUGCCACCAAAGAAAGAAGCUGUUGUAAGACGAUCUGAGCCCUCAUCCAACACUUCUGAAGCUGUGGACGGAAAGAAGAAAUAUGCAGUUGCCAAAGAAAAAGUGCAGGAAGGUGAAGUGCAUGAGAAUAGGAGAGAACCACAGUCGUGAUGCUGACUGGGACGUGUAGAAGUGGAGGAUAUUGAGCAUUUUUAAAUGUGUGUAUUAAAAAGUUGAGUUUCUUUUCCAUUUGUGGCUUGAUAUGUGAUGUUCUGGUAAUUCAUAUUAACAGAAUAUUAAGAGAACACUUACUUUAAAAUGACCAUUUGUAUUUGGAACAUAAGAGUUAAAUUUUUGAGAGAAAUUAAUGAUACCUGUACUGACUGGGAAGCUUAGGUACUUUUAAGUGAGUUGUGUAUCAUAUUUUGUUGUAUGAGAGCUGAAACAUUGGAGUUGCAUUUUAUUGUGAUUCAUUAUUGAUCAUAAUUACCCCUUUCAUUCACCUGCAUUUACUUUUCCACAAGGAAAGUUAACCUUAUGUUGACAACAACAGUACUAGUACUAUAGAAAAAUUUCGUAUGUCUUAUUUUAUUUAUGAAUGAAUGAAUGAAUGAAUGAAUGAAUGAGUGAAUGAAUGUUCCGUCCUCUCUUACCCAUCUCUAUCUCGCUAUAAGAUGCUAGAAAAUAGCAUUUUAAAGCUGUACUUCAAAUACUGUUACCUGCAUUACUUUUAAUAAUCAUCAUGGAUGGGUUGGAUCAUAUGUAGCAGAAUGCUGUCUUUUUGUGUUACAGAUUUCCAGUUUUUACACUUACUGAGGUGUUGUCUUUGUUAUUAAUGUUUGGUGUAAUUUUCUAGGCAUGAUGUCUGUGGGUAUACCUCACCUUCCUCUCUCUCCAUGUCAUCUCAAAGUGCCUUCUUUUAGGCAGGAAAGCAGUCGGUUGCUAGUUUAGAUGCUAAUAUCCUUUUGCAGUGUUCUUUUUGUUCUGUUCAGAAAUUCUUGACAUUAAGAUUCUUAGAGGAUAUUGGUGUAUAGUAUGGUCAGAAACUCUGCACUACCACCUCUUGUGGUCCAGUUUGAAUGAUGGAAAUUCAUAUUAUGUGAACUCAAAUCAGUUAACCUUCAGUCACCAUCAGUGCCACCACAUCACUAUGAUUUAAGUGUCCCAUAUAGGAAGACAUGCAUCUAUAAAUAUUAAUAAAACUCAUGACAACACGAUUGCAGCCAUUGUGUUAGAUAAUAUACCACUUUCAAUGACUUUCCACACAUGAACUGUACCAUGAGAUCACAGUCAGAAAAUUGCCCCUGUCCAUUGUUUGUCAUAUGUAAGUUAAAAUACUGAAUUUACAUUCAGAAGUGGGGUUAAAAUCCCUGUCCGUUCAUCCUGAUUUACAUUUUCCAUGGUUUCAUUAAAAUUUUUAAAACAAAUGCUGUCAUAAUUUCUUUAGAAACGACCCAUGCAAUCUUCUUCCCAUCCGUUGUGCAACCCAAGUUUGUACUCUUGUUUUUAAUGGCCUCGUUGUUGAGAGAACUUUGAAUAUCAACCUUCCUCCUUCACCCCUACCUUCUUGUUUUUAUGGAAUGGAUCCAUGGUACAAGAAUGGUUACAUUUGCAAUUGUUUAUUUAUGAUGUGAAUAUGUAAAGCACUAAUUUAGGUAGAACAUUAAAAGUGUCUUUCCUCUCCAUAGUUUAUUGAAUUAGGUUGUACAGUGAUAAAACAAUAGAUGUGCGUCCAGGAGAACUCAGUUUCAAGUUAUGGUCCAGUCUUCAUGUAAGGUUUGCAGCUGCUGUUCCAAAUCGUGCAUCAUUGGUGAUUAGAUGGUAGCUUCAGCAUGGUUACAGCCAGAUACUUGCUGAAGUUCCUUUUGAAAGUUGGUCUAUUCACUGCUCAUGCCAGACAUAUUAAGGUCCACAGAACAUUAACUUUCUUGUUGUUGACAUGUUUGCAAUAAUUAAAUUUCGUUAUGGGUAAGUGUUUGCCAGGUUGCUUCCUCCAGGCCAUGUUUUCCUGCUACUUUGCCUUCUUUUCUUGUUCCUACUAUCCCCAUCACAACUGAAUCUUUGUUUCCUGAAGGAUUCUGAAUAAUUUCUUUUGUAUUAACCUUUUUUUCCCCAACCUUAUCACACACAAAUCUAGUAGCUAUGUAUAUUUGUGCUACUGUGCGGGUCACAUAUUUGUUAUGAUAAUUCAUUGACUACAAUGUAUGUUUUAUGGUGGUUUUCCCAUUCAUUAUUAUACCUACUCCUGCACUAUGCAUAUUUGAUUUUCUGCUGCUAACCCUUUACUCAUUUGAGCAGAAUUCCUUCUCUUUAUGUCACUGCACUUCACUGGCAGUUUACUUCACUUCAAUAUAUCCAUUUGUUUUUUGAAGUUACUUAACCUGUUUACACUAUUAAGGGCUUGUAACAGCCUACACUAUGUCUCCAAGAACACUAGAUUUGGUUUUUCCUCAUGACAACAUCCUCCUGAGAAGUCCCCAACCAAAGAUUAGAAUUGGGUACUAUUUUACAUCGGAAUAUUUUAUGCAAAAGAAUUCCACCAUUAUUGAACACAGGUAUCUUGUUACAGAAUAGUAACUGUCAUGUGUCUAUUGAGUUCCUGAAUAUUGAUUUGACAUACAUUAUGAUGAUAUCUGCAUGAAGUAGUAUUUGUAGUUUUCCACAACAGACUUACUCCUUGAUGUAGUCUUAGGCCAUGUGUGACAGUAUAAUAUUAUGCAGUGGCAUAUCAUAUUUGAAAGUUACUUUGACUGGGUAGUAAAAGCAUCACACCAAAUUUUCUAAAUGUGUUUCUUAAUAUGUGAGUAAUCAAUUUAGCUGCAUUGAAAAGAGAUUAUUUUACUUCUGUGUUUUUGACGAGAACCUAAACAUAAUUUUCUCUAACUCUUUUUCAAGAUAUGGGAAGGGGAAAAGAAGAAUCAUCUUGUAUACUGUCAGUCUCAGAAUAAUCCACAUUAGAUAUGAAUCUGAGAAUAAACAUGUUAAUUCAGUAUUGCAGCUAUUCGUUAAUGCAGUGAUUAUAUAUUAUUACACUUAGACAGAACAGUGCUAGUUGUUUCCAGGGAGUCAAACCAUCUACUCAGAAUCUACCGUGUUUAUUUUCAUUCUUUGAACAAUAGAAUUUAUAUAUGUUCAUUAUCAAAAGUAGUUUUUAUGAGCAGAUUCAAAAUGUCAGUUUUAAUUUUAUUAUUGUUGUUCCAUUUCUUUUUUGUCCCAUUGUUACGUUAAACAUAUGAAAUGAUGCCGAGAAUGAAAAUUUGUUAUUUGGCAUCUCAUUUCAUAUAAUGUUGCUGGAUGAAGUCAGGUUUUACGUAUAUAUUGUUCAACAGUCUUAAUGAAUAUGGGCAGUCUUGGUUUGCAAAUAUAUACCACCAGCUAAAGCUUUCUUGCCUAUUUAAUUAUCGUCAAGAUGGGAUACUUUUUAUCAUCAACUAAUGACAUGAAUUGCUUAGAUGACCCAUUUACCACCAAUGUAUAUCUUUUGACAUUAUUUGCAUAUUCUUUUAUUAUGUUAGCUACUGUUAUUUUCAUUUCAGCCUGUUUAAAACCACAAAUGACCUGUUAUUGCUAUGGCAGGUUUAGCAUAUUACUAUUAUUAUUAUUAUUAUUAUUAUUAUUAUUAUUAUUAUUCUCCUCUCUCUCUCACCAAGUGAGGUGGUACAGUGGUAAGAUACUGAACUCACAUUUGAGAGGAUGGUGAUUCAAAUCCCCGUCUUGACAUUUAGAUUUUUGUCUUCCAUGAUUUAUCUAACCUGCUUAAGGUGAAUGAUAGAAUGGUUUCUUUCAAAGCGCAUGAACAAUUUCCUCCCCCUUUGAGCUUGUGCUCUGUGUCUUAACAACCUCAUUGUUGAUGCGACCUUAAACCCUGAUCUUCCUGUUUCUUUUCUUAUCCAUCCCCCUUCCCACCUCCCUCUCCUCUUUCAAAUAAUGUCAUAAUGGUUUUAGCUAAUUGUCAAGCGAAGGCCACGUCUAAAGAUUCUGAUUUGGUGAGUUGUAGCAUGGAUCUGAUGUAUCCAUCUUUGUUCUUACUUGACUUUUUUGCACUUCAGAAUGCAUGUUAAAUAUUUCAGUUGUAAUGCACUUAAUGUUUCUUUGAUAUUCCAUCAGCUUAUUAAGAUGGUAAGUAAAUUCUCUUGCCGUUACUACCUUCUUGUAAUUGUCUGUUUUUAACAGCAUUGCCUUGCAUUCCUUGCCACUAAUAUCCUUGUACAAAGACUGCCUUAUUACUUAGUGCUAGAAAACUGCAUGUUAUACUUCUUCACUUCCCUUCACUGUUGCAGCUACUAAUGAGUGAGAAUAAUGUGGUGUCAUUGUUACUUACUUGGCAUGAAAUGCAUGCUUACCUUUCAACAGGUAUGGAGACUUCCAUCCAGAAUGCUUGGGAGUUAGGAAGAAUGUGAAAGAAAGUUCAGCACCUAACUGCUGUAUGCUAAAAGUCAAUUUCAUUUGAACUGAUAUACUAGUUUUCAAACAACUUGCAGAAAGGGAAAUAGAUGAACAGAUACUUACAGAAAACUUAUUGAAAUGCUGAUAAUAGAGAUUCAUUGGUUUGGCAUAAUGUUAAAAAUUAUAACUCUUAUAAGAACAUUUGUGAACAUUGUGUGUUUGAUUUGAUACUUAAAAGUUUUUAUUAUGCUUUAAAAAUGUAUGUGUUUGCUUUGCAAACUCAUUUUUUAUCAUUGUCACUGUGUCAGUUAUAAAUAUUCAGUGAAAUAUACAAUGUAGUUACCAUUUCCACUAGCAUAUGAUUGUCUAAAUCAGUUACAUUGUUGAACGCAUUAUUAAGGUAGUUAAUCUAUAAGUAUUCACUUUUCUGUUGUUGUUGAUUAUUUAAAAAUACCAAUUCUAUAUGCCUGAGUUUUAUAUUUGUGAAGAAGUCAGAGAGCAUUUGCUUCACUCCUAAGAGAGUAUUAGGAUUGUAACGUAACAAAUACAUCAUAAUUAAGAGAACACAUACUAUAAAAAAUAAUAUGGAGAGAAAUAAUGUGAUAAAAAGUCAUAAUGAUGAAUGUGCAGUAUACUUUUUUAUUGUUCUUUCAUCUAAGAGAAUCAUAAUUUAAUAACUUUUCAGUAAAUUCAGAGGUAAUCUCUCUGACUUACGGGCCUAGUGAUAUUUGCAGCAAAAAAUAAGUAUGUACAAAAACUAAACUAAAUUUACACAUGUGUGGGAAGUUCAGCAUCUCUUCAUAUGGUUUAUUUACAUGUCAAGUAUUUUAUGAUAUUAUGAUAUUAAAUUGUUCUAUACACUUCACUUUAAUUUUUCGAAAGUAUCGAAAAUCAGUUUAAUGUUUGAUUAAUUUUACUACCACUCAUUUAUGCUGAGUGAUUAUAAUCAGAUGUUUAUUUUACAUGUAAGUCCAUAACUAUUGUACAGAAGUUUUUAUAAUUUUACAGUGCUGCAGUACUUAACCUAAUGGCACUUUUCCUUUAUUAUUAUUCAAGGAUUACGGUUUUAUAUGAAUGUAAACAAUUUUCUAUGUUCUAACAUCAGUAGAAAUAAGAUAUUUUUAACAUAUACAAAUUGCAGUGAUUGUUUUAUAGUGUGAUUGGUGGUCAGUGAUUCUGUCUUCUCAUUUGUGCUUGUCUUCCAUCUACUUUGAACAUAAUUAGGACAGUUUCUUUAGACAUUCCUUACUCUAUAUUUGUAUAGUCUUCUGUGCAUGAUUUUCUAUGAAAAUGUAUGAAUACGAUAGUUUUUUUUAUACCAUCUCAAUUAAAAUGAGGUGAUUUUGGAACUAGUCAUUUUGUAGUGCAUUUUAUUUGAUAUAGGGCAAUAUAAUGGAAAGUGUCUCAUGGUCUGAGUAGAAUUUUAGUUUUUUUUUGUACAUAAUUGCUAGCUUGCCCUUGUAAAAAAAAACAUAUUUUGUAUGUGAAAGAAUUGUAUGUUGUUGCUAGUGCUUUUUGUGCAUUGUUAAUUUCAAUAAAAGCUUUUGCAGUGAAUGAAAAUAAAACAUUUUGUUAAACACAAAACCAGUUCUUCAGUGGGCUUUGACUGCUAACUUUCCAACUACUCAUUUGUAUUCUUUGUUUUUACUUUGGAAAUGACAUUAUAUAUCACCAUAACCUGCUAUUUAAAUUCUUCUUUAAUUUUGUAGAUGUUAGAAGCGCACAGUGAACAAUAAAUCUGUAUGACACAUUAUCACAAUUUCAUAAUUACACUUGAACAUUGGUGCAGUGUUAUGUAACAGGUGUGUAAGACAGUGAAAUGUGGGCACAAAUAUUACCAUUCUGUGUAAUAACAGAAAUAUUACCAUCUAAACUUCUCUCUCUGAGGUUCAAAUUUCUUGAGGCUUCAUAUUUAUAGUGCUGUUUGAGCCAGCCAAAGCAUUUUGACCUUUGUUAAAGUUUAUAUUUUUUAGAUUUCCACCAUUUUCUAAAAUUGCUUGGAAUUUUCAUUACUGCUGUAGGGUUUAUUUUGCAAGUACUGCAUUUAGUUUUAUGUGCAAAGUCACCUGAAGUGCUGGUUUUCUGCAUUCACAAAUUUGGUUAUUAUUCUUCUGUUGCAGUUUUAAAGUAAUGGUUGUGAAUGAUUUGAAACCUUGCUUGUAACUGUGCUUUAUUAAAAAAGUAGAAAGGCAUGUUGCACUUCAUCUCUGGUUUAAGCGAACCU